GAGGGAGAGACUACACCCAUCACAGUUUGACGAGUGGGUCAGGCUCCCGCUUGCUUUUUGGAUUACUGGAACUGGGAACUUUGAAAACUCAGUCUGGGUCCCUGUUCAAGAGCGCAGAGAUGAACGGCCGUGCUUUACCGCCUUCCAUCCCUGAGGACGGCGAGGUCUUGGACUACAAUCCACAUGGGGAGAUGAAUGGUUACCAUCAAAGGUUUCGGGAUGGGGAUGGAGGAGAGGCAGAAAUGCUGGUGUCCAAGUCCCAGAGGCGGAAAAGCGACGUCAAAGUCUAUAAGGAGUUUUGUGAUUUUUAUGCACGCUUCAACAUGGCCAACGCCCUUGCCAAUGCCAUGUGUGAGCGCUGCAAGAGUGGCUUUGCUCCGGCAGAGAAGAUAGUGAACAGCAACGGAGAACUUUACCAUGAGCAAUGCUUUGUGUGCGCUCAGUGUUUCCAACAGUUCCCCGAGGGACUCUUCUAUGAGUUUGAGGACAGGAAAUACUGUGAGCAUGACUUCCAGAUGCUCUUUGCUCCAUGCUGCCACCAAUGUGGUGAAUUCAUCAUUGGCCGCGUCAUCAAGGCCAUGAACAACAGCUGGCACCCGGAAUGUUUCUGCUGUGACAUCUGCCAGGCCGUGCUUGCCGAUGUUGGAUUUGUUAAGAAUGCCGGCAGGCACCUGUGUCGUCCGUGCCACAACAGAGAGAAAGCUCGUGGCCUCGGCAAGUACAUUUGCCAAAAGUGUCACGCCAUCAUUGAAGAGCAGCCCCUUCUGUUCAAGAAUGACCCCUACCACCCUGAUCACUUCAACUGCAACAACUGCGGAAAGGAACUGACUGCUGAUGCCAGGGAGCUGAAGGGGGAGCUGUACUGUUUGCCCUGCCACGACAAGAUGGGCGUCCCCAUCUGCGGGGCCUGCAGGAGACCCAUUGAGGGCCGUGUGGUCAAUGCAAUGGGCAAGCAGUGGCAUGUGGAGCAUUUUGUGUGUGCUAAAUGUGAGAAACCCUUCCUGGGACAUCGCCACUAUGAACGCAAAGGCCUGGCCUACUGUGAAACACACUACAACCAGCUGUUUGGAGAUGUUUGCUACCACUGCAAUCGCGUUAUAGAAGGAGACGUGGUGUCAGCCCUCAACAAGGCUUGGUGCGUCAACUGUUUUGCUUGCUCCACUUGCAACACCAAGCUCACCCUCAAGAACAAGUUUGUGGAGUUUGACAUGAAGCCGGUGUGCAAGAAGUGCUAUGAAAAAUUUCCACUGGAGCUGAAGAAGAGACUGAAGAAGCUGUCAGAAACCGUUGCACGGAAGUAAAUGCGGCGUUCAUGUCAAAACCUGACAUGUCUACAUUGAGUCUUUUUACGUAGCACUGCAGAGCUUUGAGUGUCAUGUAAUGAGGCAGACUCUGUCACAAAGUGUGCUGUCUGUGUCAUCUGCAGCUCAAAACAAGCUUUCACAUAGCUUCCUUUUUACACUUCUUAUUUAACACAUUGCGAUGAAUCGACUGUGUUACUGAUGCUCUGGCAUAUUAAAGAGCAAGCCCAAAGUUAAAUGAAGAAAAUGUUUCUCGUUGAAUGCUUAUGUAUGAGAUAUUUACUUUUGUUAUUAUCACUAUAUUAUGUAUUGUAAAUGUGUAUUUUCGCUAAUAUAUAUCAAGUAGUUGUUUCAGUGGCCUUCUUGUGUCUGUAACAGAUUUGACUAUCAUUUCAAGUUGAUUGGUUUGUUGUUUAGUGUUAUGCAUUGAUUGAAUGGAGACUUUAAUGGUGCCGUUCUCUAUUUCAAGUGUGUUUCUACACCAUGUGGUUUAUGUUUACUACCCAAUAUACUAUCAAUGCAUGCCUGACAUUAAAUAAUAAGUUUGGUUCAAAUUUUGCACUGGAAAAAAGGCUUCAUAGUGGCCAGCUGCCUUUCAGAGCAACUGUUAUGUUACAGUACAACUUGAUUAAUGGUGGCAUUUGCAUGUGGUGUUAAACAUGUGUCGCCGCUGUUUGUAAUCCAGGCAAAAUUAUCCUCUUACCCCAACUCUCUUCAGACUCGAAAACAAAGCAGACUGUCCAAUCUGCUUAUCCAGUAUUGUUUAACCUGAACUGUAUUUUGCCCUAAAAAGCAAAUGUCUUGGAUUCACUAUAUAGUAAUUACACAUUCCACAGCGGAGCAAAACAUAAGCCGUGUUUUGGUUCUGGAUUUCACACCUGAUGCCAGAUCAUUUUAAUUAUUCCAUGUUAAAAUACAUUCAUAUAGCCACUUAUUUGUAAUUCAGUCAUACUUAAGAGGCACAGUGGUAUACUAUAGUUUUUUUUUCUUCACAUUGCUUGGCAAUCACAUAAACAUGCCAAAAUGUAUGGCUGUAAACCAUAAUGCAUUCGAUGAAAAAUUCUGUCCUUUCAGCCUAAUAAACAUCUAUUUAAAUUA